CAGUAUCGAUCCUUCGUGUCGUAGAUAACAUGCACAACAUUUGAUACCUUAAGCCUUAUUCCUUCCUUUCUCCGAUCAAAAAACCCCUCCAAAAACUCUCUCCCAUUCGCUACAUAAUCAUCAACAAUCACUCGAUCGCCCGCCUCGUCGGCCCAGCCUUUUAGUUUUUUGAUCGCUACUCUCUCGAGCUCAGACGACAAAAGGAGAAAGAACAGGAAAAAAAAAAAAAGAGGAGAAAAUGUCGAGCCCUCACCGGGUACCGAUUUACUCUGCCAACCCGCCGGAGAAGCUGGUGAAGCGCCACCACACCACGCGGUACUACGUGCACCGUGUCCAGGAGAGCCUCACCACCCGGAUCUCCAAGCUCGUGUGCUCCAUUUUCCUGAGCCUCCUCCUCAUCUUGGGCAUCAUCACGUUCAUCCUGUGGCUGAGCCUCCGCCCGCACAGGCCCCGGGUCCACAUCCACAACUUCUCGGUCCCGGGCCUGAGCCAGGAGAAUGGGUUCGAGAACGCACAGAUAUCGUUCAACGUCACACUCCGGAACGCGAACGAGCACAUCGGGAUGUACUACGACGCCAUGGACGGGUCGGUUUUUUACCGGGAUCAAAAGAUCGGGUCAAAGUUAUUGUUGGCUUCGUUGUAUCAGCAGCCCAAGACCACGACGAUCAUUACCGACGUGUUGAGCGGGGCCACGUUGACCGUAACCAGUCAGCGCUGGAUGGAGUUCUUGAACGAUCGUGCGGCGGGGAGCGUGACGUUCCGGCUGGACCUGGCGUCGACCAUCCGAUUCAAGGUGUCGACGUGGACGAGCAAGCGCCAUCGGAUGCACGCCAGCUGUCCGGUCUCUGUGGGUGCGGAUGGGUCCAUCUUGCCUCUUUCCAAGGAUAAGAGAUGUCCAGUUUAUUUUACUUGAUUGGCUUCUUGUCAGCCUUUUUCCAAGUGAGGAUUGGAUUUCCUGCCUCAUAAGAUAAUUCAUUUGUAACUUCAUGAUUGAGUUUUUCAUGAUUUAAGAAGUACAUGUUCAAUUUGGUGUAUUAUUUCUUUUGCUGAAUGUGUGAAAGAAUUUGUCUUGCAUAUAUUGAACAUGACACUAUUAUUG